AUGGAGGCACCGAUCCGCGUGCGACGCGUGGACUUCGACAUCAGCAGCGAGAACCACUACGUGAUCGUGAUUCACGGCACGUUCGACGCGCCGCCACCCGGCGGAGCGCCGACGUGGUACCAACCGCCGCCUGCCGGCGAGCAGAAUUUCUGCCGGAAGCUCAGCCGGCUGCUCGCGCUCGGGCCGAUCGGGCAGGACGCGGUCUGGCGCGACUUGCCGUGCUCCGCGCUCCCGGGAAUUCCGUACCCGUUCCACUGGGACGGCUCGAACACGCAUGCGGGGCGCGUAACGGCGGCGAUGAAGCUGCACAACCUGAUCGACCAGAUCGCGCAGAAUGACCCAGCGGCGCGGAUCCACCUGGUGGCGCACUCGCACGGCGGGAACGUGCUGCUCAAAACCAUCGAGCUGUACAUGGCGAAGCUGGCGCGGCGCCCCAAGGCGGAGUGGCACCCAGCGGUGGCGCAGCGCUUCUGGGCGGCGCACCGGCGCAGCUACGAGCUGAUCAAGAAGUGGCGGCGGCUGGAGUUGUACGACUCGUGGUGGCGCUUCUUCCCCUUCCUCGUUGUGUACCGAGGGUUCAACGGGCAGAGGGUGAGCGGCGUGAAAGAGACCUACCCAUGGGCGCACCACCAAUGGCUGGACACCCUCCUCGGCCUGCCAGCAGUGCGGCAGCGCCGCUUCCUCUCCUUCCGCCAGGCCACCUCCCCCGUGACCAACGCGCUGGGCUCUCUCGUGUUUCUGGGCACGCCGUUCUACAUCAAGAAGUGGCAGCGCCACGGCUUCGCGCGCAUGCUGCUGUCCAUGGGGGUGGGCGUUCUGCUCACGUACCUCUUCAUUCUCGCGUACACGGCGUUGUGGGAGCUGCUCGUGCUGCUCAUGGCUGGCAGGCCGCAGGAGUUUUACGCGGAGUCGGGCCCUCACCUGAUCCUCCUUCUCAACUUCCUCAUCGCCACGGGCAUCAUGCUGCUCGUGCUCGUCAAGCAGAUCAUGGACGCCACAGGCAACACAGUGCUGUACAGCGGCAACCUCUACCACAACCCGGCCUUCGACUGGUCGCCUGCCAUGUCCGCCCUCGUUAUUCACGCCGGCAAGCUUGAUGAGGCGAGCCUCGCGCUAUCCAUGGAGCCAAUCACGCGAGCCUACGUCUUCCCGCACCUGACAAAACUCCUGAAGCAGACCCCCUGGGCGCCGCUCCCCAAGGCACCCACACGCUACGCCCCCCAGCGAGUGUGGUGCGCGUUCCUCUUCCACUGCUCCGUUGUGCUCGUGUGGGACGUCCUCUUCUUCCUCCCUGCAGCCAUCUUGUCUCUCUUCUCGCACCUCAUCGCGCCGCUGGUGACCGGGUGGAUUCAGCAGGCCGUGGUGGCCGUCAGCUUUGGGCUGUCUCCGGGGGAUUUGAGCUAUGCAUACGUGUAUGUGGACGAGAAUCUGGACAUGGAGCUGGCCACACAGCAAGUCGACCACUGGAACGUGCAGAAACUGCUGGCUGAGGCAAAGACCAAGUCGCUCAAGGGCGAGCUCAUGCCCGGCUAUGAGGACGACACUGUGGAGCAACCCGAUUGGCUUAAGCCAGUUCCCUCCCUCACUCUCUCCCACCCCUUUCUCCCCCCGCUGCUCUCCUCCCCAUCUCCCUUUGCCCCUUUCCCCCCCUUUCAGAAACUGCUGGCGGAGGCAAAGACCAAGUCGCUCAAGGGAGAGCUCAUGCCCGGCUAUGAGGACGACACUGUGGAGCAACCCGACUGGCUUAAGCUAGUUCCCUCCCUCACUCUCUCCCACCCCUUUCUCCCCCCGCUGCUCUCCUCCCCAUCUCCCUUUGCCCCUUUCCCCCCCUUUCAGAAACUGCUGGCGGAGGCAAAGACCAAGUCGCUCAAGGGAGAGCUCAUGCCCGGCUAUGAGGACGACACUGUGGAGCAAUCCGAUUGGCUCGAACCAGAACUGCUGGCGGAGGCAAAGACCAAGUCGCUAAAGGGCGAGCUCAUGCCCGGCUAUGACCCAUCUCUUAUCAUCACCCUCCCCGUCUCACUUCUGACCGUCACCAUAUCCCACCCCUUCCUCUCUCAGAAACUCCUGGCUGAGGCAAAGACCAAGUCGCUUAAGGGAGAGCUCAUGCCCGGCUAUGAGGACGACACCGUGGAGCAACCCGAUUGGCUCGAGCCGUCCCCUGCCGCCCAUCGCCGUGACCGCACGCCUGUUUUUGACGGCAGCAGCACCGGCACUGCCACUGUGCAGCAGCAGCCCGAGUGGCUCAAGCUGCCCCCUGCUGCCACUGUGCAACCCCCCUCGUGCGAGGAGGGUAGUGGAAGUGGGGAGGGAGGCGGAAACGAGGGGGCUGCUGCGGUGAGGAAGAGCACUCACAGCGUGUUCCGGAGGCGACGGGGGGCGCGAGGGCUGCUGCUGAGGCGCACAGGCGGUGCGCGGAGCAAGGAGGGCAGCAAGGGAGGGCGGCUUGGGUGCCUGGCAGGUGGGACAGAAACGGGUGAGGGAGAAGGGGAUGGGGACGGGGAGAGUGAGAGUGCAGCUGAGAUAGUUUCACCUGGUCCCGGUCCUGUUUCAUCCGGUGCUCCAUCUGGCGCUGCUCCCACUCCUGCUGGCCCCGGUCCUGCCGGUACAAGCACUGCCAGGGACCCGCGUGAGAAACUGGCCUUUGAGUUCCUCUGGGACGACCGGGAGCUCUCCAAACUGGCAGAGCAGUCGCAGACGUUCCAGCGCCUCAAGUCCCAGCUCCCCACCAUGGGUCGCAACCCUCGGCUGAGCGACCGGGAGUUUGAGCGGCAGUUGCAGCAGCUGUGUGUUAUGAUCGAGGAACGUGUGGGGGAGAUUACAGGGCGCUGUGAUUUGAACCACGGGGCGUAUUUCCGGGAUCCGAGGAUUCUGAGAGUGGUGGCGCAUUUUAUUGAGAAGCGGGAGCUUCCGGAGUGGUCUAAGCAUGUGGACGGGGAUAUAUGGCGGUGGAAUGAGCAUUUGAAUGAGGUGCACUCGCUGCAGCUGCUGCAGAUGUCGCAGGGAGGCCGGGGAGCGGGAGGUGAUGGAGGGGCUAAUGGGGCGUCUAUUUGUCCAGAGUGUAAAGGUGCUUCUGCUAGGCUGAAGACGCUCUUUAGGAGUAUCCGAGGGGGGAGUCAGAGGGAGGGGGGCCAGAGGGAGGGUGGAGGGCACGGGUUUUUGAGCGGCCAUGCAGUGCACUUUCCUCACAUGCCUGAUUUCGCCAGUGGCGCCCGGAGCUUGCAUCUCCCACACAUGCCUGACUUGGCCAGUGGUGCUCGGAGCUUGCAUCUUCCACACAUGCCUGAUUUUGCCAGCUUUGGGCAUCACAAGAGCAAGGCAGUGGGAUUUGGCACUCCUGCUGCUGCUGGUGGUGGCACUGCUGCUGCUGCUGCUGCUGCUGUUGCUGCUGCUGAUGCCGCUGCUGCGGCUGCUGCUGCUGCUGCUGCUGCUGGUGCUGGUGGCGGUGGGGGCACUGCUGGUGGCGUUUCGCGAACUCCUGACAGCCACACGGAGAGGAUGAGCAGCGAUGGGCAGCAGGCACGGCGGCUGAUGAUGCAGCGGUCUCGGUCGGCCUCCCAUGGAUGA